AAGGAAUGUAUACAAUAAAGUAAUAAAGUGAGGUUCCAAAACCAGCUCACAAACAUGACAAAAUUAUGUAAACCUCUAGUGCACGUAUGCAUUACAUGCUGCCUUAAGAUCAUAAAUCAUCCUAUUCUCCAACACCAAGCAAUCUUUUUAGCCCUUCUCCUUUCCUUUAUCUAACUCCAUCUCUUUCUGAGCAAUCAACUGAAAAGGAGAAGGAAAAACAUACCUUUUUAAAAAAAAAAAGAAAACUAAAAUGAGAGAACUGCCUGCACCACUGACCCCGCCGCCGCCAGCUCACUCAAUCCACGGCCACUCCCCUCCGUUGACAUCGCCAACACCGACGUCAUGCGAGGGCCACAGUUGCCGGUGGCGGCCCUACUCGGGCACCGGGGACUUCGAGGCCAACGCGGCGAUGAUCCUCGUCAUCCUUCUCUGCGCGCUCAUAUGCGCGCUGGCUCUCAACACCGCCAUACGCUGCUUCCUCCGCGGCCAACGGCCGCAGCAGCAGCAGCAACAGCAGCAGCAGCAACACCAAUCAAUGACUGGGGUUGGUCAUCAUGAGCCGCAGCAGAAGGGCAAUGCGGCUGCGCUGCCCGCGCUGGUUUUGUACUCGGCGGGGUUAAAGGCGAAGCUGGCGGGGGCGGAGACGGCGGCAGAAUGCGCAAUUUGUCUGUCGGAGUUCGAGGAGGGGCAGGGAAUUCGGGUCAUGGGGAGGUGCAACCAUGGCUUCCAUGACAAUUGUAUCCAUCAAUGGUUGUCUUCUCACUCCUCUUGUCCCACCUGCCGCACCGCCUGUCUUCUUCCUUGACAAAUUUGCAUACAAAACAAGUGUGGUAUAUAGCUUUUUUUUUUUUUUUGUUUUUUUUUGUUUUUUUCUCAGGAUCCUUUUUAACGAAGAACCAAAGAUUUCUGUUUAAUUAGACUAUCCAAGUCUCC